GCCCUCAGGUCCGCAGCGGCGGGGUAUAGCGCAGGUCCAGUCACGGCCGAGGGGGAUACGAGUGGGAAGUGGUGUUUACCUCCCGCCACCGCCUGCUCCGGCGCCUGCGCAGCGGGCGCCCGGAGCGGGGAAAGCUAUUGUCUGAAGCUGGCGCAGGCGCGGCGGAACCGCUCCGCCGCUCGGCCCUUGGCGCCGGCGCACUGGGCUCCCCCGCCCCCCCCUUUGUGUGAGUUCGGGCGGCGCCUGCGCAGUGCCGUGCCCUGCUCUGCCCGUUAGCCGCUAUGUGCAGGGAAUAAGGUUGGAGCCGUUGCCACAGGGACACCGACCGGAGCGCCCCGCCCCCGCCCCGCGGGGAUGCCGGCUCAGUGAGCACCGGCGGCACCGGCACCACUAGGGACGGCCCCUCCCCGGCGCGGCGAACCUCCUCGAAGGGGAUGACGUAGCUUUGCCAAGGAUUUAUCAGCUAAGCAGAAAAUGAGCUUAACUUCCUGGUUUUUGGUGAGCAGUGGAGGCACCCGCCAUAGGCUGCCACGAGAAAUGAUUUUUGUUGGAAGAGAUGACUGUGAGCUGAUGUUACAGUCACGAAGUGUGGACAAGCAACAUGCUGUACUUAACUACGAUGCCUCUACGGAUGAACACUUGGUGAAGGAUUUGGGCAGCUUGAAUGGGACGUUUGUGAAUGAUGUGAGGAUUCCAGAACAGACAUACAUCACUCUGAAGUUAGAAGAUAAAUUGAGAUUUGGAUAUGAUACUAAUCUUUUUACUGUUGUCAGGGGAGAGAUGAGAGUCCCUGAAGAAGCACUUAAGCAUGAAAAAUUCACAAGCCAACUCCAAUUAUCCCAAAAACCUUCAGAGGCAGAAGGAUCGAAGCAAACCAGCUCCAAAAGCUCAGAGUCCAAGGUAACAGACUCCACAGCUGAAGUGCACCACAAAACUACAGAAGUACUGAAAUCUGAAGAGAAAUCCAUGGAUCUUUCUGCCAUGCCUCGUGGGACACCUUUGUAUGGACAGCCAGCCUGGUGGGGUGAUGAUGAAGCUGAUGAAAAAAGUAGUUGUAAGCCAGAUAGCAAGCAUGAAGAAAAAAUGCAUGAGACGGGGGCUUCGGGAUGCAGCACAGAUGCCAAGCAAGCUGAGGAGCAGUCUGCAGCUGCAAGUGAAGAACUUUACCCUUUCUGUAGGGAGCCAAGUUAUUUUGAAAUCCCUACAAAAGAAUUCCAGCAACCUUCACAGGUAGCAGAGAGCACUAUUCAUGAAAUUCCAACAAAAGACACCCAAAGCUCCCAUGCAGCAGGUGCAGGGCAUGCUUCCUUUACCAUUGAAUUUGAUGACAACACUCCAGGAAAAGUGACGAUCAAAGAUCACGUGACAAAAUUCACAUCGGAACAGCGUCACAAGUCAAAAAAGCCUUCUUCCUCCAGUGGUCAGGACCUGCCUGGGCUUCAAACAGUGAUGAUGGCCGCAGAGAGCAAAGUAGCAGAUUGGCUAGCACAGAACAAUCCUCCUAGAAUGAUAUGGGAACCGACUGAGGAGGAUUCCAAAAGUAUUAAGAGUGAUGUUCCAGUGUACUUGAAGAGACUGAAAGGGAAUAAGCAUGAUGAUGGUACACAAAGUGAUUCAGAAAAUGCUGGUGCACACCGGCAUUACAGUAAGCGGGCAGCACUUGAAGAACAUUUAAGGCAUCAUCAUACAGAGCUGAAAAAGUCACACCAGAAAGUCCAUUCCACAGAAAAGCAGCAAGAGCAAGCCGGUUUGAGUCAGACUGCCUUUAUGAUUGAGUUUUUUGAUGAAGACCAUCCUCGAAAGAGACGUUCUUAUUCUUUUUCUCAGAAUGUGGGAGCUUUGUGCCCAGAAUCUCCAUCUCCAACACCUCAUGCACGAGCUGAAAGAGUGAAACCUAUGUCAGGAGAGAAAGCAGUCCAUUCAUCUGUACAAACUAGCUCAUCGCAUCACAGAGCAGUACAUGGUGUUCAUGCAAAACUUCUAAAACAAAAAUCAGAAGAACCCUCUGCUGCAUUACCUGUCUUACAAGCUGCCUUGUUAAGGAGUUCAGGAAGCCUUGGCCAUAGGCCUAGUCAGAACCAGGAGAUGGACAAAAAGUUGAAAGGCCAACAUAUUUCUGCUGCUACUGAAAAGGACAAUGAGGACGACCAGAGUGACAAAGGUACUUACACUAUUGAGUUGGAAAAUCCCAAUUCUGAAGAAAUGGAAGCCCGUAAAAUGAUUGACAAGGUAUUUGGAGUGGAUGACAGCCAGGAUUAUAAUAGGCCUGUUAUCAACGAGAACCAGAAAGAUUUAGUAAAAGAUUGGGCUAUAAGUUCUGCUACAGUAGUACUGGAAGAAAAAAGACCACUGAGUACAACUGGAUUUCUUGACACAGAGGAAAGUUCUACUGCCCCUGGAAGUAAACGUUGGGUAUCACAAUGGGCCAGUUUGGCUGCUAAUCACACACGUCAUGACCAGGAUGACAUCAGAUUGGAGUCAUCUGUGCCUGCUCCAUUAGAAAACGACACAGACAUCAGUGAGUCUGGUAUUUCCAUCAGAAGCACUGGUUCAGCUGCUUCUAUGACCAGCCAAGGUGAGCGAAAGAGAAGAACACUUCCACAGCUUCCCAAAGAGGAGAAAGUGAAUGGAAGCUCAAAAGUAAAAACUAUAUCUCAUCAGAGAUCAGAAAUAGGUGAAAAGCAAGACACUGAACUUCAGGAGAAAGAAACUCCAGCUCGUGCCUCAGAUGCUGACGGCAGAAGUAUAGCUAAGUCAAGCAGAACAGUGAAUGGUCUUUCGCCCAAAGCUACUGGAGACAAAGUUUUUUCUUUCCCCAGCUCUUCCAGUAAAGAGAGAGUUGAAACUAGCAGAGAGACUUCCGUGGUGAAACAAGCUUUAGCAAAAAUUCAACAACAAGAAAGAAAGGAGCAAGGACACUGGACACCCACAAAAUUAUCCUCUACAAAACCUGCUACAAACCAGGUUGAGAAGGGUAGGGAGGAGAUUGCUAUGUCACCCAAAACUUCAGAUAGUCAAGACAAAGCUCCUGGACAUGUUACAGAUAAAGCAGAAAUUAAAUUGGUGCAGAGUGAGGCAAAAAGAAGAAAAAAUGAAGAAACUAUUAAAGGACAAAGUCCCAAAGCAUCUGGAGGAGAAAAAAAGGAAUCUUCAAAACCGUUAGUGAGGCAAGGUAGCUUUACUAUAGAUAAGCCUAGCACAAAUAUACCUAUAGAACUUAUUCCUCACAUUAAUAAGCAAAGUGGAUCUGCUGCCCCUUUAGCACCUGCAAACAGGAUACGUGACAGAAGUGAUUCAAUGGACACUGAUUCCAGUCUAGAUACAACACUCAUUUUAAAAGACACAGAAGCUGUAAUGGCUUUCCUUGAAGCUAAAUUGCGUGAAGAAAAUAAAACUGAUGAAGGUCCUGAGACUCCUAGCUAUAACAGAGAUAAUUCCAUAUCACCAGAAUCAGAUGUAGAUACAGCCAGUACAAUCAGUCUCGUUACUGGUGACACUGAAAGAAAAUCUACGCAGAAGCGGAAGAGCUUUACAACCUUAUAUAAAGAUAGAUGUUCGUCUGGUUCCCCUUCAAAGGAUGUUUUAAAAUCUUCUGCAACCACUGCCAGAGAAAAGAUGGAAAAGAAAACAAAAAGUCGAUCUUCAGAUGGCGGGUCUAGAGCUGAUGCUCGCAAAACUGUGCAAUCCAGUGGAAGAAUGAGACAACCAUCAGUAGAUUUGACAGAUGAUGACCAAACAUCCAGCGUACCUCAUUCUGCCAUUUCUGAUAUCUUAUCAUCUGACCAGGAAACCUACUCUGGCAAAUCACAUGGAAGAGUUCCUUUUGCUUCAGCAGAUGAACUUUUACAUUCUAAGAUGGAAGGAAAGUCAGCUAAAUCAAAAACCUCUCCUGUUGCACUUGGGCAAUCUAGUAAAUCUACCACUCUUCCAAGACCUCGUCCUACAAGGACUUCUCUCUUGCGCAGAGCACGGCUUGGUGAAGCCUCAGAUAGUGAGCUUGCUGAUGCCGAUAAGGCUUCAGUGGCUUCCGAAGUCUCCACUACAAGUUCUACGUCAAAACCUCCAUCAGGGAGGAGAAGUAUUUCCAGAAUAGACUUACUUGCUCAACCUCGCAGAACUCGACUUGGCUCUUUAUCAGCACGUAGUGAUUCUGAAGCAACAAUAACUAGAAGCACUGCCUCAUCUCGUACCCCAGAAGCUAUUAUCAGAAGUGGUGCAAGGUUAACAUCAGUAGGAGAUAGUAGUAAAGUUUCUGCUAGAACUCGAGCCAAUAGCAUUUCUCGACUUUCAGAUUCAAAAUCCAAGUCUUUGGCUUCAGCUCAUAAUUCUCCCUCAGAGAAAUCCAAGCUUCUCCCAGACCCAGAUCCUGAUGUUGAAACUUACAGUGUAAGUGCAAGAUGGAGGCGCUUUCCUACAGAUUAUGCUUCCACCUCAGAAGAUGAAUUUGGAUCAAACCGUAAUUCCCCUAAACAUACCCGUCUACGUACCUCUCCAGCCCUGAAAACCACGCGACUGCAGAGCACUGGGACAGCAGCUCAAAGUAGCAAUACAUUCAAGCACAGAAUAAAGGAACAGGAAGACUACAUUUGUAACUGGACUGCUCACCGAGAAGAAAUAGCAAGGAUCAGUCAAGAUCUGGCUCUCAUCGCACGGGAAAUCAACGAUGUAGCAGGAGAGAUAGAUUCAGUGACUUCAUCAGGCACUGCCCCCAGUACCACAGUAAGCACUGCUGCCACCACCCCUGGCUCUGCCAUAGACACUAGAGAAGAGGUAGGAGAUCUUCAUGGAGAAAUGCAUAAGUUGGUUGACCGAGUAUUUGAUGAAAGUCUCAAUUUUAGAAAAAUACCUCCACUAGUGCAUGCCAAACCACCAGAGGGUAAUGGUCGGCCUAAUGAUACUAGACCUCAGCUAACAGAUGCCGUUGACCCCCCAACAAUUACUCGGAGAAGGACUUGGAGCAGAGAUGAAGUUAUGGGGGACAGUUUGCUGUUGUCCUCAGUCUUCCAAUUUUCUCGCAAGAUAAGACAAUCCAUAGACAAAACAGCAGGCAAAAUCAGCUGCAUCAUUGGAACAAGAAUCUUGCUUAUUGACUGACUUAUUUGUGGUAGGCGUCUAGGUUGAUAUGUAUCUUAAAAUGCUUCAGAAGCAGUAGAUAGUAGCUACUCUACUUUUUUUGUUGUGCUGAUUUUUCUUGAUGGUUAGCAGUUUCUGAUCUAUAAAUAUGUUGCUAGCACAGCUGUAGUUAACCUAAAAAACAGUUCAAUACAGUGAGUUAAAACAAAUUUAUGUAUGUGAAUUCAUUCUGAGAAAAGCAGGUAACUAAAAUCAAGUCUUACACUUUUCUGAUUAAUUUUCUGAGCUUAAAAGGUAAGCCAGAUAUAUUGUAAUGAAUGUAAUAAUGAUGUGAUCAUGUAUGAUAUUAUAACUAUAAGCAUACCUAUAAACAUUUUAUAUACAUUUAAAGAAAGUGGCAUUACUUAUUUCUAAAAAAAUAUAAUGGAGAAAGGCUUGUUAAUAAGUUAUUAUUUAGCAUAUUCCCAAGAGCUGUGAUCAAAACUUCCUUUUCCUGCCACUCAGAAUGGAUUUGAAUAAUAUGAUGUUAUUCAUAAUGUCAUUAGUAUUUUGAAUCAGAAAAACAACCAUAGUUUUAGAAUGGUUUUUUUGGAGAGCGUAUAAGGCAGCUAGGACCUAUUACAGAUUUUACCUUAGCUUUGUUUUGAUGUACAUGAGUUCAACCAAUUGGUGUUCUUCUAUUCCUUUUACUGGAGUUAAGCCAGUUAAAAUUUCUGUCCAGAACAGAUACAAUGAGAAUCAGUCAGGAUUUGUCAAGCUAGCAGUUGCGUAUUUUUGCCAGAGUACUUAACCUGAAAGGAGAGGAGAAAUUUUUAGAGGCACCAAUAAGAGUAAGCUAGUAAGCCUGACUGUGUUUUAAAAGUCGUCCCUCAAAUUUUCUUGGUCGCCAAUGUAAAAAACUCUCUUGAGAGCACAGACAGUAUGGGCAAUUACGAUCCUUACAAAUUGCAUCAUAAAAUUGCAUAAUAAAAAAUUGCAUCCUUCCUAUCUGGGUCCAAAUGGUGAAAGACGUGCUUCCUGUGAAUGUGAACACCCUUCUUUCUGUAAUAGCUAGCUUUACAAAAAGGCCAGUUCCACUUUGGCUAAAAUAUUAAGAACAUAAAUAUUUUCAGUCAUUCUGACAAGCAGAUCUAACAGAAAUUAAAAUGAGCUAAAAUCAGUCAUGAAAAUAAAUUCAUAUGAGGACAAAAGGAAAUAGGUAUCUUUUUGCUUGACUAGUUUCUUCCCACUUCCCCACUGCCAUUUCUGUUUUCCUAAUUUACCGAUAAUGUUCCAAGUUCCACUGAGUUCUGUAAUCAUUCCUACCUUAUCUUAAGAAAUAGGAUCGAGAGAAGCUUUUGAUGCUGUAUUCCUCACCUACAUUCUCCCAGUGCUGGCCAAACUGGUUUUUUUCCCCAAGUCCCAGCAUGGUAUUCAGAUUGAACCAGAUUCAAAUGCCUGGUUCUUUCCUUUCACCAAAUCCUCUAUAUGUUUGUAAUUUUCUUCAGGAUAACGUCAUAGCUUGGGUAUUGCUAAAUUACUUUUUUAUAUUUUAUUUUUAUUCAUUACUUUGUAUAAUCAGUUACAUUCUUAUCUGCUGGUGUAUACAAAACUACAUUAUAUUUAAAAAAUCUGCAGCAUUCUUGCCGUGUAUCCUAUAACCCGUUCUUUGCUAACAAAUUAUUGUGGUGGCUUCUCAGGAAGCAGUUUGUUUGCUUUUCUGUCUUUUAUAUGUUAUAAUGAGUUUGCAGGAAUUUUCAGAGAUUAUGGAGGGAAGAGGUAAGUAGGUUUUGCAGUGGGAAGACCUACAUGGUUUUAUCAGCGCUUUACAAUGUGAAUGCAGUGUUUAGUGGCUUGCUUUGUAGCAGGCAGGUACCUCUUCAGUCAGGCAAAAUCUAGGCAAAGCAUUCAGGUCAGUGCAGGUACUACUUGUCGGUCUCUGCAGUUUGCUGUGCAUCCUGCAAAGUACAGUGAAAGAAAAAAGGGGACUGAGCACAGCCAAACGAGAAAGUUCAGGCAGAUUUGCCCCAGAAAGUAGAGAAAGGCAAGAGCAGAAGGUGGCAGGCAUUUAAAAAUAUGUUGUCUUAAGAUAAAGAGUAUGGUUAGAAGGAGGAAGAGCAAAGGAGACAGAGAGUAAGACCCCCCAGGAGGUUAAAUGUACAAAAUGAAGAAGUGAAAAAAAUGUUGUAAAAAGGAAAUAGGCAUCCUAAAAUUAUAGUAAAAACAAAUCAGCCUUGCCACUUUAUAGUGGAAAUAAUAUUUUUUAAAUUACUGCUUUCAUUUUUUCCUCUUUUUUUUUUUUUUAAUAAAAUGACCUACGAAAUGGAAAGCUUUCAAAUUGUAAAAGAGAAGUAAGAACAUUAUCUCUAAAAGAGGAUAAGACUGAAAACACGACAUACACAAGCAAAGGCAUUAAUCACAUACAUAAAGAUAGAAGUAUUUUAAUAUAACAUGAGCAAGAAUGUAAAUGAAAAAAACAUGCAGUAUCACAAUAACUUCUAUAUUUUUCCUGCUAGUGCUGUUUACUGGUAAAUAAAGCCUUAUUUUCUAUUUUCCUGCUGAUUUCCAAUGUGAUAUAAAUGCUGUUAAAGUACAGAAGUAUAGCUGCAUAAGGUUCUCUGUAUACUGAAUCCAAAUAUUUACAGGAAUGGUCUGUUUUUAGUGUAUGAUCCUAUAAAGGAUUUAACUGGCUCUGCUUUUUAUUUAUUUAUUUUACCUCAUCAGUAUCAGACAAGUCCUCAAUUUUCAUUGUAACUGAACUUUCUGCUACCCAGGUCUGCAGUUGUAUGGCUUAGCAAGCUUUUGCACUCCCUUCCAGAACAUAAAAGCAACCUUGUCAGACCUCUGAUGAUAAGCUUCGUUACAAGAUGAUGACGCUACUUGAGGCCAUAAAGUGUUUCAUGUUUUCUUCACUGUAGUUUCAAUUACUUUUAAUUUAUUUUUUUCCUUCUCCAAGAAGUAUGUAUUAAUGUUUACUCCUUGUAUGCUUUGUACAUUGAUAAAUUAAAGUCACUUGCAGAAGUAGUCAUUUGCCUCAAUCCCAUGACAUUGUGUCAUGAGAGUAGUUUAAUUCCUAUCAGUGAAACAUCUGACAAAAACAUGUUCUGUAUCAGCAGCUAGUGAAGACCUCAAAGACAGAAGAGUUAAAGCAGCUUCUGGAUGGGCUGUCUACAGACAUAUAUGUACCAAUACAAUAAGACAGGGUACACGUUUUGAAAAAUGACAGGAUAAUAAUAGAGAGUGGGAUUUUCCAUAGGGUAUAAAUAACUGAAGAAAGAUGAAUAGAAAGGCAGUACUGAGUCUUCCAGCUUUCUUUAAAAUUCUUAGUCUUUAUGUGAUUCAAGGUAUCAUGAAUUUCCACCUUAAAAAUUAUUUCCUCAGAGAUGUACCUACACUAAUAACUUCUUUAAAAUGUACUGCUUUUUGGUCAUGAUUUUAAAUUGGUUUGUUUGUUUGCUUAGCAGUUUUACUGCAGCUAUUUUUGUACUUUUAACUCUGAAAUACCAAUUAGAGAAGUGGAUUUGGACUCAUCUAUGUCAUCAUGGUGUCACUAUAAAAAAAAGAAUAUUCAGACUUUAAAUAUCUGCACAUUCCUUUUUUUUUUUUAAUUGUGCAAAUGUGGACAGUUUAAAUUGUUUAAGAUAUGACAAAACAAAAACUAUUUAUCAGAGCAGGGAAGCAAAACAUAAAAGAGGAAUCUCGCAGUAUGCUUUGGGGUUUUACAAAUAAAAGUGACUUCUUUCAACAUGUGAUACAAGUGAUACUUAUUACUAAAUCAUGUAGAUACAAUUUGUGUGUUGAGACUUUUCAUUGAAAACUUCUUCUAUGAAAUGCAUUUUUCUUUUAAUUUCCCAAAGUGGUUUAUUUUUCAUUAAAUUCAUGUAAAAUACAAAUGUAAAAGAGUUGCAUUUAUUUAGCAUUGUUAAUCUUCCUGUUAUGUUUUGCAAUUGUUGUAAAAUGCAGUGUUAAUAGGGAGUUCUCUGACUACUGUAAAAUAGUUGGAUUUUUUAAAAAAAGGCUCAGUACUAGAGGAAAGAAUCAGCUGUGUCUUUUCAACACCAUAAGCAAGUAUUUAGCUACAGAACUGCCAUUUUAGUGUCAAUAAUAAUGAUAUUGCUGAAACCCUGUAUGCUUCCCUGAAAAUUUAAUCUGUAUGAUUGGAUUCUGUCACUUUUAAAUAUUUGAGAUUUUACUUUUAUUCAGUGCUCCCUGUGCUGCUUUCUCGUAUUGUGUUAUCUUUCAGGUUUAGUUUGUUUAUUCUUGUCUAUUUUAAACAUACUGUUCUUGAAUUUC